CCCACAAAGGUCUCGAGUUAACUCAUAGAGCAGCUAAAUUGUUUGAGGCUUCUGCAGAGAAUGGGAAACCGUGUUUAGAAUGGAUCAUGUGUUUGCAUGUGACAGCAGCUAUCCAUUGUAAGUUAAAGGAGUACAAUGAGGCAAUCCCGGUUCUGCAGCGCUCAGUUGAGAUUCCAGUUGUCGAAGAAGGUGAAGAGCAUGCUCUUGCUAAAUUUUCUGGUCUGAUGCAGUUAGGUGACACUUAUGCUAUGGUGGGGCAGAUAGAGAAUUCGAUAUCUUGUUAUACCGAGGGACUGAACAUUCAGAAGAAGGUUUUGGGAGAAAAUGACCCAAGAGUUGGUGAAACAUGCAGGUACCUAUCAGAGGCUCUUGUGCAAGCAUUACGGUUUGAUGAGGCUCAGCAGGUGUGUGAAACGGCUCUUUCUAUACAUAANGCUUCUAUACAUAAAGAAACCGGUUUACCAGGUUCAAUCGCUGAGGCGGCAGAUAGAAGACUAAUGGGUCUUAUAUGUGAGACUAAGGGAGAUCAUGAGAAUGCCCUCGAGCAUUUGGUAUUAGCCAGUAUGGCCAUGGCAGCAAAUGGACAAGAGUCUGAGGUUGCUUUUGUUGAUACUAGCAUUGGUGACUCGUACUUGUCUUUGUCUCGGUUUGAUGAAGCAAUUUGUGCUUACCAGAAAUCUCUGACAGCAUUGAAGACAGCAAAGGGAGAGAACCAUCCAGCUGUCGGUUCAGUUUAUAUUCGUUUAGCUGAUCUCUACAAUCGAACAGGAAAAGUGCGAGAAGCAAAAUCUUAUUGUGAAAAUGCUCUCCGGAUAUACGAGUCCCAGAACCUAGACAUAUCUCCUGAAGAGAUUGCAAGUGGUCUUACAGAUAUCUCCGUGAUUUGUGAGUCUAUGAACGAGGUGGAACAAGCUAUUAGCUUGCUUCAAAAGGCGCUCAAGAUAUACUCUGAUUCUCCUGGCCAGAAAAUCAUGAUUGCAGGGAUUGAAGCUCAAAUGGGAGUGUUGUACUAUAUGAUGGGGAAGUACAUGGAGUCGUACAACACAUUUAAGAGCGCUGUCUCAAAA